AUGGGUGAAAUCGGCGCGCAUUACAAAGACUUGAAAGCCUACCGCAAGAGAAAACGUGAAGGCAAGGAUACGAAAACAAACAACAAAAAAAAGCGAACUGACGAACCCCGUCGUCGUCGCUGCUGGGAUUGGAUGAUCACGACCGGCAACUGCCACUAUGCCAAAAACAGGUCGUCCUUCAAAGAGUACCGACGCGUCGGAAAAUCAAUUCCUAAUGGUGUGAUUGAAGGAAUUUUGACAUUUAUAGCCGGUGUUGGAUCCGUGGAGCUCAGAGUGCGGACUGCUUAUGAAGAGAGAUCAUCUGUACGGACUUUGGUACUGCAAGAUGUGCUUCAUAUCCCGGUGGAAUUGAAAGUACAGAACCUCCACGAAAAGAAUUCGCCUAUCCGAACCUUAGUACUAAAGAAUGUGCUCCAUGGUCUGCAUGAACCCAUACGAAGGGUUCGAUGGCGAUAUGAAACCUCUUUGGUGCAGCAAAUGGCACCAAGGAAUGGCUCGCAAGCUGAUCCUACCUGGUAA